UCUAACAAAAAAACCUAUUUACGGCCCUCUGUGCCAAAAAAUGUUCUUUGCCUUGCAAAAUCACUUGAGGCGGACGCAUGGCGUCGCCAAUGCCCAAGAAAGGAGCAUUCUGCUCAAACUGGCUGCAGAGCGAGUGAACAUUCGAGAGGAAGCUUUCCCCUUAGUCGGGUGCUCAUACAAGAGCACCCGGGUGCUCAUACAAGAGCACCCGACUGGAUAAACAUAUUUUGGGAGGUAGCCAUAGUGAGCUCACCAAAAAUGAGGCUGAAGCCCAGCUCGCAGAGGUCCGGAGGAGGAAGGCCAUUAGGCAGCUGGCGGCACUCCGGGCGUCCCAGCCAAGGUGGGUGCUGCACAUUCUCUGUCAAAUCCUUUCAGUGUCUAUGAUCAAGUUCUUUAUAAAUGGAAUGUAUCAUCCACGUAAUGUCAUUGCAUCUUUAGCAUUCUCAUGGUGUCAACUUUGGACAUUGACGUUGGAGACGGCGGCGAUGAGGACGUCGACAGGGAAGAGGCUCCUGUCCCAGAGGAAGAGGUGGAGGACACCGGCUGCCCCAACCCUGACUGCCAGGAGCGGCUGUCCUCCAUUUUACAAGACCACAAGAUCCUAAGGAGGAGGGAGAAGGUGCUUAGACAAAAGCUUGCACUACUUGAAAAAGAGCUGGCCUCCUGCAGGAGUGUCUGCCGCCAGCAGGCCAAGAGGCUCAGCCGCCUCCCCGGCUCUUUCAAACAGUCUAAGAGAAGCCGGAGGGAGCGGGCGGAGGAGGAAAGGGACGCCGAUGUUGCCAGCGAGGGGCAAACGGCUGCUGCUGUGGAGGAGGCUGCUGCUGUGGAGGACGAUACUGCUGUGGAGGAGGCUGGCGGCGAGGAGGUGGCUGAUAGCAAGGAGCCAACAACCUCCACUGCCGCAGGCCGCCCGGUUCCUGGCAAACGGCAGCUGUUUAGGGGACAGGGACGGACAUCGGGAGCAUGCAACCUCUUCUUCCCUAAGUCCAUUGACGACUACCUGGUGGAGUACAGGCGGCACCACGCUGGGGCCUGCCCGACCUUAAAGCAAGUAGAAAACGCCCUUUCAAAAGUCAUCCGGGUGAAGACCUUCAUCUAUUACCUAUGCCAGGGGAAGACGGAGCUCUACACCUGGAGGUUUUUGUAUGACAUAAAGGGCAUCAGAGAGUAA